AUGUGUCGCUGUCCCGAUUUGGGGAGUGUGUUACUUUUCGUAUACACUGUCAAAGCUGGCGGUGCUCCUGCGUUCUCGAAAAAUCGCCAGGUGUUUGCGUCGUUGUUUGAGGGGGUAGAUGAGGGCGUUAGAUGGUGUCUUACGAAUGCUCCGGAUGUUGGAAAAGAUGUCUACAUCAUUGACAACCCGGUGACGAAGGAUGGUUGGGUUUUACCUGAGAAUGAAGCAGGAACUCAGGUCGCUUGCGGCUUGCUAAUCGUUGGUCCGAGUGAACCGCCGUUCUUCCCGCCGAAUCAGCUCUGGAUUAUCACUCCUGUAGAUUGA